AUGCUCCCACCAAGAUGCCAUCCCACGGCUUUCCCCCACCGGCUCACUUUACACGGCGUCUCAAUCCUCAGCCGCUCCGUCUAUGCCUCUAGGACCAGGACGAAACAGCGCUCUCUGGUCACUCUGGCGAUUGAAACGUCGUGCGAUGACACGGCGGUGGCGGUACUCGAGAAGUCGGCGGGAGGGAGGACGAGGCUGCUCUUCAAUGAGCGGGUUUCGUCGGAUAACCGGGCGUUCAAGGGGAUCCAUCCGAUGGUGACGGUGGAGGGACACAAUACUGCCCUGGGGCCGCUGGUGAAGAGAGCGUUGGAGAGUUUGAGGGAGAGUGAGGACGCCGUUGAUGAUGCUGGUGUUGGCUCUGGUUCUUCUAGAGUGGCGAGCAAAGGGAGCAGCAGCAGCGUCGUUGUGACGGAUGACAAGAGGCGGAAGAAGAAGAAGAAGAAGAUUAGGGUGCCGGACUUUGUUUGCGCUACGCGCGGGCCGGGCAUCAUGACCAACUUGUCGGUGGGAUUGAACGUUGCAAAGGGGCUGGCGCUGGCGUGGGAGGUUCCCUUUGUGGGCGUUCAUCACAUGCAGGCGCAUGCCUUGACGCCGCGCCUGGUUGACGCUUUGGAGAUUGAUCAAGGGGGACAAGAGAUGCUAUCAACAUCAACAUCAACAUCACCGUCACCCUCGCCAACAUUCCCCUUCCUCUCCCUCCUCGUCUCCGGCGGCCACACCCAGCUCAUCCUCUCCACCACCCUCACAAACCACCGCAUCCUCGCCACAACAGGCGACAUCGCCAUCGGCAACCUCCUCGACCAAACCGCCCGCGUCAUCCUCCCGCCCGCCCUCCUCGAGUCCAGCCCGGACGUCUCGUACGGCCGCCUGCUCGAGGCCUUUGCUUUCCCCCCCGGGGCAGACACGCCGGCUGACUACGACGCCUUCUUCACGCCGGCCGCUUCUCGACAGGACGAGAUUCAGGAGGUUCCGUCUGGGUAUGGGUGGGCUGUUCCGCUGCCGUUUCGUAAUUCGAGGAAGCUUGCGUACUCGUUUUCUAGCAUCCAUUCGCAUGUUCACAACAUUGCCGCCGCCGCAAACAACCGCAACACCACCAACGACGUUUGUGAAAAUGCUCUCGACUCCUCCUCUGACAACAUGCCCCUCGAAGAACGCCGCGCCCUCGCCCGCCACACCCUCCGCGCCGCCUUCCAGCACCUCGCCAGCCGCCUCAUCCUCGCCCUCCAAGACUCGCCCUCUCUCCAGCCCUCCUCAUCCUCAUCCUCCUCCCCCGAAAACGAAGCAAUCAGAACCAUUGUCGUGGCCGGCGGCGUCGCAAGCAACCGCUUCCUCAUGCACGUCCUGCGCAUGACUCUCGCCGCGAGGGGCUUCGCCCACAUGCAUAUCGUCUCCCCGCCCCUGGCGCUGUGCACCGACAACGCCGCCAUGAUUGCCUGGGCCGGCAUGGAGAUGUUCGAGGCGGGAUACAGGACCGAGCUGUCCGUGCGGCCGAUUGCAAAGUGGCCCAUGGAUCCGGAUGUUGGGGGCGGGAUUCUGGGCGCUGGCGGGUGGACGAGAGAGUGA